UCGGUCCAACCAACUUGGACAACAUGCCGUUGUCUAGCAAGUCGCACCGCAGCAACUUUCUCUCUGUGUCUGGGUCGAAAUGAUCAUCCGCAGCGUUUCAUCGACAGAAACACAAACGCCACAUGGUCGACGCUAAAUCCUGAAACCUGAAAUGUGGACGGGACUCACCUGAGACCCGGACUGCUAAAGGUUUAGAAACCAUAAUUUCCAACCAGGCUUCUUAUUUGGGAGUAUUACCCGGGCGUUUUAUUAAAAUGGGUGCACUCUGGACGAACUGCGUUUUCCUCCUGGCUUGUUGCUGUGGAUCAGGGUUUGGAAGCCCAAACAGAUGCGACGAAGUGCGCAAAGUUUUCCAACUCAGGCAAAUUGGACCAAUUCAAUUAUUGCCAAUAAGUCCCCGACCAGGUUCAGACCUUCAGGUGUGCAUGUCCAAGAACAUGACCUGCUGCACCAAAAAGAUGGAGGAGAAGUACCAGUUGGCGGCCCGGAGAGACAUCCAGAACCUUCUCCAGAUGUCCAGCACCAGCAUUAAGUUUCUCAUCGCACGCAAUGUGGCUGCAUUUCAAGAGACCUUUGAGGUUCUGAUGAGGCAGGCGGAGAAUCACACUAACGCCGUCCUUCAGGAGUCUUACCGCAGCAUGGCUGAUCAGGCCGUGGGGCCUGUGCGGGAACUCUUCACCGACAUCGGCCUCUUCCUGCUGGGAUCUGAGCUCAGCGUCGAUGACUUAGUGCAGCGAUUCUUUGACGCUCUCUUCCCACUGGUCUACAAUCACCUCAUCAACCCAGGUCUCAGCGACAUAUCACCAGGAUACGCCGAGUGUGUGAGGUCGUCAAGACGUGACGUGAGACCUUUCGGUGGGGCGCCUGGCCUACUGGCUGAUCAGAUUUCUCGCUCUGGUGUCUCUGGGAAGCUUCUUCUUCAGGCACUGCACCUUGGCAUCGAGGUCAUAAAUACUACAGACCACUUACAGCUGAGCCGCGAGUGCAGACGGGCCCUGCUCAAGAUGCACUACUGUCCUCACUGCCAGGGCUUAACCCAGUCCAAGCCCUGCAUGGGUUACUGCCUCAACGUGAUGCGGGGCUGUUUGGCAAGCAUGGCAGAGAUUGACACCCACUGGAGGGAGUUUGUUCGCUCGCUGGAGGGCCUGUCAGCGCGGAUGCAUGGACCUCAGGAUUUAGAGCAAGUGCUCCUGGGAGUUCACACGCUGCUUCAUGACGCUGUCGGGCAAGCUCAGAAAAAUGGACCCCGGCUCUCAGCACAGGUGCAUAAACUGUGUGGCCCACCAAGCAGGAAGCCUGCACAGUCAGCCAACAUCCAGCACAGCAAAAGCAGAGAAUCCAUCCCUCUUACUGCAGCCAUCAGAGCGUCUGGAGACUCGCUUGCUGUCAGGAGAAGGGAAUUUCUGAACAGUCUACGUCACUAUCGCACCUACUACGGUGGUCUGGCAGAUCAGCUGUGUGUGAGUGAGCUGGUCUUUGGUGACGGGAUGUCCUGCUGGAACGGAACUGACAUGGUGAAAAGCUACACCCUCCGCGUGGUCGGCAAUGGGAUCAAAGCUCAAAGUGCCAACCCCGAAGUCAAAGUGAAGGAAGCAGAUCCUGUGAUUAAUCAAAUCAUUGACAAACUGAAGCACAUCAAUCAGCUGUUGCAGGGAAAGUCCAUUCCUAAACUGGGGUCGCUGGACCAGAUCGAAACAGGCAGUGGAGAUGUGGAAGGACAGUACAGCGGCGACUGUGAUGAUGAGGACGGUUGUGGGGGAUCAGGUGGCGGUGAGGUGAAGAGGAAAGUCUCCAGAGUCUCCAAAAUGAGUCCAGAUGUGACGGGUGAUCACAAACAUCAUCAUCAUUAUCAUCAUCAUCCACCUGUUGAGGAUUCAGAAGUGGAGGGCAGAUCCAGGGGCCUUGGACUGACAGGAGCCAUCUGGGUCUUGAUAUUGCCUUGUUUACAUAUGCUCCUGGCCUUGUAACAGCUGCCUUUUUGCAGCAUGAAACUGUCAAGACUUGAUUCCAAGCUUAUUUAUCCAGAAACGAAAGGGCAAGUGGACGUAACAUGCUCCGGCAUGAAAUGGAGCAUCACUUCCACAGAGUGCAGAAGCAAAUUCAUCGUGAGGAAAUGACAAGACACUGUGGCUUCUGUAAGACAGCACAUGGUUCAGCUUUGCAAAUAUUAACUGAUUAUUUUUUUUAUCAGUUACCUGGCAUUCAUUAACACUAAUAAUGACUUACUUACAACAGCAGGAUUUCACAAAUAACUACAGCACACUUUGUAAAAAAUUGGUAUUGAUUUAAUUGUAUUUCUGCACAUAAUAUAUGUCAUCUGUAGAUAUAUGUAUAAGCAUUUGUUUGCUUUUGCAUAUCACUCUUUAAUGCACUCUACACAGCACAGGUUGUACUUUUCUUAAAUGGGGUUUUACAACUGCUGUGAAAGGAGUAAAAUAACCAGAAAGGUUCAUUUUUAGUGUUGGAUUUGAAAUUGAAAAAUAAACUGUCUCCACAGCUCUUGCAUUUUCAAUAUUUGUACAAGCCCAAAUUCAAAUGGCCUGUUAUUCUUAUACAAUCUUAGGAAUCCCUUCUGUGUACAAACCAUAAUUUUUACAGUCAUUUUUAUACAGAACUGCUUCAGAUUGUGUGUCAGAUAUUGUAGAUAACCUGUAGAAAACAGUAAGCUAUCAGAUGUGUACUGCUUGUUUUUGUGUAGGAACAGAAGAGAAUUUGAGACAUCUGCUUAUCUUCACUUGUAAUAACUACCAUGCUGUCCAGAGCAUGUUUAAUUGGCACAUUUCAAUUGCAAAAUUAACCUAUAAUGCUAAUGCUGAGAGCCACAGUGAAGGGGUGGUGGGGGGGUUAAGGCAGCAGGAAGUAGGGGGGGCAAGUGAGCAAAUUCAUAUUUCUUUCUUCUUUAGAAAUAGAUUAGUUUCCUCGGGAGUCUAUUAUCAUCUUUCAAACUCAAUCCUCCUCUGCCUUCAUCGGCCUGGAUGGGAGCUGAUAGCUCCUGGAGCCACUGGUGAGGAAGAAUCCAAUUGGUUCUACCUACUACCUUACUGCAUACUGCUGGUGUGUUGCUGGCAGGUUUUCUGUGCAGAAAAAAAGGAAAAUGAUUUGUUUCACAUAUGCCAUGCAUGUCUGGCCAGUUUCUGAGAGAGAGAGAGAGAAGUAUUCAGUGGCAGCGUACAUUGGUUCUUUGGCUCAGAUAUGUCAGGAAACUACUUGUAGAGCUGAAGAAAUUAUAUUUUGAGAUUCUGUAGACACUAAAAUGGUACUCUACAAACAGAUUUCAUUAUUCAUAUACAAGGAAAUCAUUAACGCUGCUACUGUAAAUAGAUCACAUUGUAAAAAAUAACUGAGACAUUCAAUGGUUGCUCCGGACUAACCCUUUUCUUUCUAUAUGGGUUCAAAUGUACAGAAAUAUUUGUGCCACUUCAUAGUGAAAUAACAGUAAAAAUUGUAAUGAUGUAAACAUUAUUACUACGGUGAGAUGACCUUAAUUUCUAAAGUUCUAUUUCAAUUAAUUUAUACUUAUAAAUAUUUGUUUGACCCAUGACCAUUUAUUAUCCUGCCCAUCUUAAUGUAGAACUGAGCAAUGCAAAGUGCAAAUUGGAUUUCAUCUUCAACUUCACACUUAUUUAAUUUUUUUAUUCCUUAUGCUGCAGCUUUUUAUUUUCCAGCCAAAGGUACAAUCUCCUCAGGUACUCAGUUUGAUCAGAUAUGAUCAUAUUUUAAAAGCCUGCGACCUUCCUCAUGCUGCAGUUGUCCUAAAGCAUGCAUAGUAAUUGUUGUCAUUAGUCAUUUUCACCAUUAAUGCACCAGGUUAUACUUUUAUCAUGAUAUAGUCAAGGCUGUUUGAGCAUCUGAACCACUCGAGUAGCUCGGAGCUUCUUCAACUACAUCUCAAGGUUUAGAAAUGAUAACUUUGAGAUUAAUUAUACACCUAAUUUCUUACCCUACUUUCACUUUAAUGUCUCGUAGCCUAUAUGAGGCUUUUGUCGACCUUAACCAAUUAUACCAUGAGUUGGCACCAUCAAAGUCUGGAGCUAUUGUCAUUUGAACAACCGUGUUAAUGAGACUAUUAGAGAAUAGUGUUCGUGUCUAACUAGAUAACAGGCAGCCCUGCAGAGACAGAGGUGCCUUGAGGCUAAACGUGGAUGUCAGGUUAUGCAGGUUCUCCUGUACUUAAAGAAAAGGUUCAAUUUGAUGUCUUAUGUGAUCAUUAUAACUACAUACUGAGACGGUUAUCCAGAGGAGGGAGGAAAGGGGCCAAAUUCUGAUGCCAGUGUCAAUGAAAGAGCACUCAUACAGACAGGUGUCAUCCUGCAGGCAUUGCAAUAUAAGAGACGCUCUGGAAUAACAUGUUUACUGUCUAACAUUCAGUUUGGAGAGUGAAUGUUUCAUUUGAAAAAGAAAUUCCUGUGAUACAUGCAUCACAUACGCGUGAUGCAUAAAUUAAAAAAAAUUUUUUUUUUUUACAAUGGUCUUUAAAGGAAAACUACUUUUUUAUUACAACUUCAUCACUCUAUAGAUUGGGUUGUCUGUUUAAUCUGUCGUAACACUGUACUCACCAAAGUAAUUGCUGGGAUCUUGGAACAUAACAAAACAGUUAAAAAUAGGUCAUACAGACACAAGCAGUCUAACGAUCAGACAGGUUUUAAACAAACCCCCAGGAUAAUAAAAAAUUUGUUUGGAGCAGAAAAUGAAAGCGAACACUAAAAUGAUGAUCCAAAGUGUUUACUGUAGACAGUUGACAGACUAAGCUCCUGGUUCCAGUCUAUCCUACUUGCUGUAGUUGGAUGCGUUAACUAUUUGCCUUUCCAAUGAUUAUUUGCAUCAUUAGUGACUUUUCAGUGUUGCCUCCAAAUAAAGUGUUGGCUUGUCUACAACCUGCCUUUUCUUUAAUUUUUUGUUUUUUUUGCCCGACCUAUUUAUUUAGCAAAUGCACUAUAUUCUGAGAUCUCAGCAAUUAUUAACAUGAAUACAAUGUUAUGAAAACUGAUAAAAGUAAUAGUGAAAACUAUGACUUAACAACAACAACAACAACAACAACAACAACAACUGUGUUUGUAUUAGUUUAUUCUUGAGAUUGUUUAUUGUAUUCAUGUAGCCCAAGUCUAUGCAGUAACUCAACUGUCCUGAGGCUUUGGGUGGCUCAUCCAUCCUUUUAGUCUCACUUGCUCCUGGUUAAUCUCACUGUGGCUUCAAGUGGCAAGCAUAGCAGCCAAACCAUCCUUUGCCUUUUUUCUGACCUGCUGGGACAUGUAAUCCAGGGUUUCAUGUUUUCUUUUGGUUUUAAAUUAAUUUCUUCCACAGUAUAAAUCACUGCUUUUCCUUAGAAACUACGAGUCCUGGCUACAGCAAAUGGUGUAUAUUUCUUUUCUGCCAAUUCUUUAAUAUAUGUUAGAUGACAUGUUAAUACUUUUUUAAAUAAGAUAAUAAAAAUAAAGAUUAUAUAAAAUAAA